AUGUUUCUGCUCUCGCACCUGCUCGUGUGGGCGGCCUACCUUGUCCUCUUCUCUUUCACAUCCAUCUGUCUUGCGAGUGGUUUGUUCUACCUGGCCGAGUGGGUGGAAGAGUACACUGUCUUGACCAAGAAGGUGAUUCGAUGGACGAUCAUCGUGGUCGUCGUGCUGCAUCUGAUGCUCAUGAUCCUCGAGAAUCUGCCUCCGCUCUACCUCCUCCUGGGCCUCGUGGCCCAUGGCGCCUACUUCUCCCUCCUCCCCUCUUUCCCCUACAUUGAGUUCACCGACCCCAGGUUCCUCGUCAGCGUCGCGCUGGCGAUCAGCGAUCACUGCCUGUGGUUCUGGUACUUCACACAGUACUACUACCCGUUCUCCGAGAUCCUCGCCUUCUUCGUGCUCAUCGUCUGGGCGGUGCCGUUCCUGUUCUUCCUCUCGCUGACGGCCAACGACAGCAACCUGCCGGGUGCGGGCUACGGCCCGUCGCCCUCCUCGUCCAAGAAGAAGGGAAAGGGCAAGGGCCUUAACCUGCGCUCCCUCUUCUCCUUCCUCGGCGAGAAGAAGAACCAGGUCAUGGAACAGGCCGACCCCUACGCCUCGAGCGUCAAGCUCGGCUGA